CGUUGGUGCAGUGGACAGACUCCAAUGUGGUUCUAGUCAAUUGGUCAAAGUGGACUCAGAAAUUGGAUUACGCGGAUGUGGUAUUUCAAUUACCCAUAGUUGCUACCCAGAUGGUUGACUGGUUGAAUGGUUUGCGUGACCGCGAUACCAUACGAAGCUUUGACGAUGUCACAAUGAUCGGUCAUAGUUUGGGAGCUCAUUUGAUUGGUUACGUAGGCCACAGGUUAAACGGUACAAUCAAGAGAGUUAUAGCUCUUGAUCCAGCACAGCCUAAUUUCAAAGACAGUCAGAAAAAAGAAAGAGUUGACGUUGAUAGCGGUCAGUUCGUAAUUGUGUUGCAUACGUCGACCAUAUUCUUAGGAUUGAGAGAGCCGAUAGGCCAUGUCGAUUUUUACUUCAACGAUGGCCAGAUGCAGCCGUCGUGUAACUCCGAUACAGUUUGUGGUCAUUUAAUAGUCCUAAACUAUUUGGCUGAUUCAUUGAAAAAUCCAAGUGAAUUUAAAGCAUACCGGUGUCAUACAUUAAGCGAUUGCGAGAAAAAGAUCGUCGAUAAUAAAGAACCAGCUAUUAAUAUGAACAUAAACAUACCAAAUUCAACCAGAGGAUUGUAUUCUAUAUUGCCAAGCAAAAAUAAUUUAAAAAUAUAUUCGCGUUUGCAUUGAUCAUAUAAGAAAAUAUGUUUUUAAGAAGCUUCUUAAAAUAAAGUGUGAAGAUUUAAAGAUUCUUAUUUUAUUCGGAAGGAACAUUCACGUAUUCACGCAAAGUAUGUUUAUUAGGUUUUUA